AUGGAACGCCGGUUCACAUGUAGAGAUGUGAGUCUGGACUGGGUUGAACGAGGUGACCAAGAUGGAGAUAUCGUCUCAGCACAUCUCAUCCAAAACACAUACACUCGCCUGAAACUUCAGUACGCAGAAAAGCUGCGCCAGAAUUGGGUUGAACAACUUGAAUCACCCAACCAAGUCCUCGAGCAGUUGUCUCUCGCCGCAUGUCUAAUCGAACUAUGGAGGAGCAUGUACGGCGCUGUACCAGCAAGAGAACAGAAACAGUCAUCGAAGAGCACAGCUCUGUUCCCAGGGUUCGUGGACCUGGCUUGUGGGAAUGGUAUACUCGUAUACAUCCUUCUCAUGGAAGGAUACAAGGGCCUAGGCUUUGACGCCUGCCGCCGAAAGUCCUGGGAGACAUUUCCACCCGAGAUACGGGAAUGUCUGAAAGAGAGAAUCUUCAUCCCUCGGCCUUUUGCGGAUGUACUUGACCAAGGAAUCGGCGUGGAGAUACACACCGGCGAUUUUCCGGAUGAUACAUUUGUCAUAUCAGACCAUGCAGAUGAGCUGACCGUAUGGACUCCUAUAAUGGCUGCUUUAUCGAGUCCCUCGUCACCAUUACCAUUCUUUGUGGUGCCGUGUUGUUCACGUUCACUUGCGGGUUCUUCGUAUCGCUACCCCCCGCCAAAGAGUGCGAAUGGCAAUCCUGCAGGGAAAGUUGAUGAUGCCAUAGAGCAGAAUUCGCAGCCUGCAUCUGGUGAUUUGAGGGCACUUCGUGCAAUGAAGAUGGAAGAGAAGACUGAGAGCGGGUUUCUGAAUUCAAUGAUUGGAUCUCUUGCUGCGAAGACUAUGAGUAUUGCGGAGGAAAUUGGGUUUGACGUUGAGAAGAUGUGGUUACGUACUCCUGGUGCGAUCAACAUGGCGUUAAUUGGGAAUCGACAGCAGGUUACGAGGGGGCGGGCGGAGAACUUGACUUCUAGAGAUUCUCAAGCAAAACGAGGCCAAGGAGACGCUGUUUUGAACAAGAUCAGUGAAGUGGUUGAGCGUGAAUGUUCUAAAGAUGGUGGGGUCCAGCUAGCUGCUAAGCUCUGGGUUGAACGGACGAAGAGUCUUCACCAGGGACAAGGGAUAACACACAAAGCUCAUUAA